AUGGUCAAAGUUAGGUAUGGCGGUCAGGAAUACUCCAAGAGCACAAAUAAGGGAUGUGUGCAAGGAUCGAUUGGUGGUCCGACCCUGUGGAACCUUCUUCUGGACCCACUGUUAAAAGGACUGGACCGCCGGGGCGACUACUGCCAGGCUUUUGCAGACGACGUCGUUUUAGUGUUUGACGCAGACAGAGCGGUAGACAUACAGCGUCAAGCAAAUGCUGCCCUCGCCCACGUACAGAGAUGGGGCCAGGAUAACAAGCUGAACUUUGCAGCACAUAAGACUAAGGCAAUGAUCGUCACUAACAAGCUCAAAUACGACACCCCAGCACUGAGCAUGGGGGGUGUGGAUAUAGGAUUCUCCAAGGAGAUCAAAAUACUUGGGCUAACCAUAGACGACAAACUGACGUUCAAUAGUCAUGUGGCAGAGGUUUGCAAAAAAGCCCUCAACAUCUACAAACAGCUGUCUAGAGCAGCCAAAGUCAGCUGGGGCCUUCAUCCGGAAGUCAUACGACUAAUUUACACGGCUACUGUAGAGCCGAUUAUCAUGUAUGCCGCAAGCGCUUGGGCACCGGCGACUAAGAAACUGGGAAUACAGAAGCACCUGAAUGCAGUACAAAGAGGGUUUGCUCAAAAGCUGACAAAAGCAUACCGGACCGUGUCCCUAAACUCCGCACUUCUACUGGCUGGCAUACUGCCCCUAGAUCUUCGCAUACAGGAAGCAGCAGCUCUUUACGAGGCUAGGAGAGGCAAAGAGCCAGAGCUGAGGCACGGUGAAGGGGAGGUCGAACUAGUCACUGCCUAUGCGGAGACUCCCCAUCCAGCUGAACAUAUGGAACUGGAGUUCAUUAAUCUGGUGGACCAGCAACAGGUGGAGGCCCACAACUGCCAAGCAGUAAAAAUUUAUACGGACGGCAGCAAAAUUGAUGGCAAGGUUGGAGCAGCGUUAUCCUUAUGGAAUAACGAAGCCCAAUUCAAGGCCAUCAAGUUGAAACUGUCUCCCUACUGCACGGUCUACCAGGCCGAACUACUGGCCAUAUGCAAGGCUACGAGGGUGAUUUUGGACCGUCAGGAAACGAGCUUCGGCAUAUUCAGUGACUCGAGGUCAGCUCUGGAGACUAUUGUCAACCACAAUACUCGUCACCCUCUAGCAACUGAAGCAAGAAGCAACCUGAGCCGUUGCAAAUCUCAGAAUAAGACAGUGAACUUAUUCUGGAUUAAAGCACAUGCAGGGCUGGAGGGAAACGAAGCAGCUGACAAGUUAGCUAAAGAGGCUGCCAAAACCCUGAAACGCAAACCCCACUACGAACAGUGCCCGGUCUCAUUCGUCAAGCGAAAAAUCCGCAUGGACUCGCUUGCCGAAUGGAACCGGAGGUACAAGUCAGGUACAACUGCAUCGAUCACCAAGAUAUUCUUCCCAGACGCAAUCGAUGCAUACAGGACAGUCCGUAAAAUUGAAAUUAACAAUGUACUAACCCAGGUUAUGACAGGACAUGGUGGAUUCUCUGAGUACUUGAACAGAUUCAAGUGCAAGGAGAGCCCAUCAUGUACCUGUGACCCACAACAGGUAGAAAGCAUACCGCAUCUGCUAUUUGACUGUCCCGUGUACGGGUUCUCGAGAUACGAACUAGAGCAAAGGGCAGGUGUAACUCUGAGUGCAGAAAAUGCCAAGCAUAUAAUAAUGAACAAGGAAGUACGUCAGGCUUUCUUAGAAUAUUGUAUAAAUAUAGCAAAUAAAGUUAUUGCUAGAAAUAAGUAA